AUGGACGGAGCAGUAGCUUGGAUUCUGAUGGUCUCAGCAAUGGCAGGUGGGGUGGACAUUCCUGCUUCGUCGUACCGCAAGGGGGCGCCCUGCUACCUAGAAAAGCUGUUCCUGAGCGAGGAUUCUAUUAAAAUUCAAGCCUACUUCAACUGUAGUCGUGCGACAACAGUAGUUGAGUGCUCGAGCCCAGAGCCCCUCGGUCUUGAAGACGGUACCAUCACUGAUGACCACAUCACAUCGUCACGCUCUCACAGCAGAUGGCCUGCCAAAGAGGGACGGCUGAACUAUCACGGUGGAUGGAAAGCAUAUGGCAGUACCGAUCCAUGGAUCGAGGUAGACUUCGUUGAGACUACUCCGGUGGCUGGUGCCAUCACACAAGGCGGCGGCGAAAAGUAUGUGACGCUGUACAAGGUGGCUUAUAAGAAGCAACCUUCAUCCGACUAUAAACACGUAACAGAUGGAAGCGGAAACAUCACGGUGUUUACUGGUAACACUGACGUCGACACACCGGUCACUAACCUGUUUGAAGAGAGUGUGUUGGCGAAGGUAGUGCGCAUUGAGCCAACUGCGUGGCACGUUGGCGCUGCUUUGCGAUUGGAGUUGCUUGGAUGUCGUCGAGAUUAA